GUUUGCUUUUCCCUUUUUUUUCAAAACUCGGAUCUAUCCACGGAUCUCAAGAUCUGCUCUACCGAAACAACUUUACUCAUCUCUCCCUUUUUCAUUCCUUCCUGUUCCUCCAACCGAAAUCGAUGUCAGAGAAAACCCCCGUACAUCUUCCCGAAGAAUGUUGGGAACUCGUGUUCUCUUUCGUCGACCACCAUCGUCACUUCGAAUCGCUAUCUUUGGUCUGCAGGCAGUUCCUUGCCAUCUCCAAUCAACUUCGAGUCAUCCUCACUGUCACCGACCAGACAAUUCUUUUCCUUCCUCGACUCCUGCGAAGAUUCCGUCGUCUCCGCAAGAUAGAACUUCGUGACUUUCAUGGAGACCUCGAAGGCCUUCUUAAUCAGAUUGCAAUAUCCGGGUUGGAAUCGUUGGACCUAGAAGCUCUCCAUCUUUCCAAUCAGAAGAAUCUUCCCCUCGAUGGGUUGAGAGAAUUGGGUUCGAAUAUGAAGAACUUGAGAAGUCUGAAUUGCUCCAAGAUAGGCUUAUUGCAGGACAUCCAUCUGUUUACUAUAGCAUCAUCGUUUCCAAAUCUGGAAGAACUUGAUAUUAGCUAUCCUGAGCAUAAAGAUUGCUACUCCUCAAAUGAGCUGGAUAAUUUCGGGAGAAUUUCGGGGCCUGUGACUGACUUGGGGGUUUCUGCCUUGACAUUGAAGCUUAAGAACCUGAUCAAGAUCGACCUUUCAGGUAACCAGUUCAUUACCAAUCAAUCACUAAUCGCUCUGUCAUCCAAUUGUACCUUAAUCAGAGAAAUCGCGGUCCGAGACUGCACUUGCAUAACCCCAAAUGCUAUUGCUUUCGCGAUUCGUUAUAGUCGUGAAUUGAGGUCCAUAUCGGUAAAUGAAAUCGGGUUGCCUUCAAUGGAGGUUGGUUUCGUAGAAUCUUUUCUAUACGCUAAAGCUUUGGGAGAUAUUGAUUUGUCAAACUCAUUUGUUCCGGAUGAACUGCUUUAUUCAAUUGUAGAAGCAUGUCUCCCACUAAAUAAGCUCACUCUUGCCCAUUGCCACGGUUUCACGUUUGCCGGCUUCUCUUUGCUGUUGAAAAAGUACCGGAGUCUUAGUUUGUUAAACCUUGAAGGAGUAAGUUUUCUCACAGACCAGAACAUAAUGGAGUUAUCCGACUCUUUCUCCAAGUUAACCUCAAUAAAUCUCAGUAAAUGUUCUAAGCUCACAAAUUCGACCUUCUUUACCAUCAUGAAAAUGUGUCAUCUACUGAAUGAAGUCAAAAUGGAGAGAACAAAUAUAGGGAAGGAAGAUCUUACUACGGAUUUUGUGGUGAACCCUCGCGUCAAGGCUCUAAACUUGGCUCAAAAUGGUAAAUUAGGAAAUGAGAGUAUCAAAACUUUGGUUACUGUUUGCCCUAGUUUACAAGUCCUCGACCUAAGUUCUUGUUGGGAAAUCACAGGAGAAAGCAUUUCAGAAAUUUUUAAGAGUUGCAGGGAGAUCAGGCAUUUGGAGAUAAACCAAUGUAGAGGGAUUAAGGAGUUCAUGAUAGACUUCGAACUCUCCGAGUUGGAGGAACUAAGUGCAAAAGGAUCAGGGAUUAAUGAUGAUGCUUUGGCUAUGAUCGGAAAGAGAAGUUGCAGGCUACGACGUUUGGAAUUGGCGGGCUGCCUGAGUGUGACGGAUAAAGGGGUGAAGCAAGUACUGAAGAACUGCAGAGGAUUAAGGGAGAUAAAUCUGAAAUGGUGCGAUAAUGUGAAUAUAGAGAUUGCGUGGAUGGUGUUUUCAAGGCCAUCAUUAAGAAAAAUAACUCUGCCUUCUGGUGGUUUUCUUUCUACCGAAAGGCUAAGGAAUCUGUUCUUGCGUCACGGCUGUUUUGUUGGGGAGGACUAGCAUAAAGGACCUGGAAAGUGUCCCUCGGAUAUUCAAUCAUUUUACAGCUCCCUUCAGUUAACUUCUGCACGGAAUUAGUUGAAAAUAAACGUUGUGUGAAUUGUAAUUUGUUUUUGUAUCAGCAGACUCUUAAUUUUAAGAGAAAUGUCAUUCUUCAUGCUAGAUUUUGUUA